ACAAAACAGGGGAGGCUGCACGGCAGCCAGAGCCGUCCAAGCUCCAGGCCAGGGCAGGCCUGUGUGUGGGCUGGCAGCCAUGCUGUGGGGUGAGGGCUUGCUGGUGUCUUUCUCCAGUCUCUUUGUGUUGGCAUUACUAAUCUCACGCAGUCCUCUCCUCUCCUGUCUGCUGGUCAGUGGCCUCUAUCUCUUACUGCUCUUCUCCCGCUUCCUCCCUGUACCUGAGUCCCGGGCCCUGCAUGUACUCAGACCCGCGGGCAAGGUGUCCAUCAUCGCCCACAGAGGAGGAGCCCACGAUGGCCCUGAGAACACCCUCGCUACCAUUCGACUGGCUGCAAAAAAUGGUGCAACUGGGGUAGAGCUGGACCUGGAGUUCACCAAAGAUGGAGUUCCUAUUCUCAUGCAUGAUGACACUGUGGAGAGAACUACAGAUGGUUCUGGCAAGCUAAGUGACCUUACAUUUUCUGAAAUCCGAAAGCUCAAUCCUGCUGCUAAACACAGGUUACGGCACCUGUAUAAUGAUGAAAAAGUUCCAACGCUGAAGGAGGCAGUCGAAGAAUGUAUACAUCACAAUCUGGUGAUUUACUUUGAUGUCAAGGGCCACGCAGCUCAGGCUGCAGAAACCCUCAGGAAGCUGUAUAUGGACUUUCCCAAUCUGUAUAACCGCAGCAUUGUAUGUUCUUUUGAGCCAAGUGUUAUCUAUAAAAUGAGGCAAGCAGACGUCAAUGUAGUCACUGCUUUAACCCAUAGACCAUGGAGUCUCAGCCAUUUAGGGGAUGGGAAACCUCGUUUUGACUCCAUGUGGAAACAUUAUUUCUAUGUAUCAAUGGAUAUUUUGCUGGACUGGGCAUUGCACCACAUUCUGUGGAACUUUUGUGGCAUAUCUGCUUUCCUGAUGCAGAAGAAUUACAUCUCAAAAGACUAUGUGGAGAAGUGGAAUAAUAGAGGCAUUGAGGUUGUGGCUUGGACAGUUAACAACGCCUCUGAGAAGUUAUAUUGUGAACACUUCCUGAACUGUAAUUACAUCACCGACAGCAUGGUAGAAGACUGUGAGCCUCACUAUUGACCUGACCACUUAGUUUCUAAGCUUGUUUUCUAGGGUGCUAAUAAAGGGAAGAAUCUCUAUCACUUAAUUAAUUUUGUGCACAUGCCCGUAUUAAAGUGAAGCUUCUGUGUCUUCCAAGUGUAUGAACAAGCAUA